CAGCCAGAAUCAUCCUCCUCCGUUUGCCCUUUUCUUACAACACGAGCGAGCUUUGCUCUCUCUCUGUUUACUCAACCCUUUCAGUCUUCUCAGAGGGAUGCAAACUCCCUAAACGUCAAAAUGACUGAAGUAGUCACCGACCAGACACCCCCUCUCCUCAAUGGGCCUACCGACAAGGAAAAGAAAUACGACCGUCAGCUGCGGCUAUGGGCUGCAAAUGGACAGCAAGCUCUUGAAGAUGCGCAUAUUCUCCUGCUAAAUUCUGGAUCUGGCACGGUCGGCGUUGAGACCCUGAAGAACCUCGUUCUGCCAGGUAUUGGAAAGUUUACUAUCGCUGACAGCUCCGUCGUCACUGAAGCUGACCUGGGAGUCAACUUCUUCCUGGACGAAGAGAGCUUGGGUCAAUCAAGAGCAGAAUGCUGUGUGAGGCUUUUACAAGAGCUGAAUCCUGAUGUCAAGGGCGAUUGGUUUCCAAAGCAGAAGGGCGAAGAACUAGAGAAUCUUCUCUCCGUCGAUCAAAAAUACACCCUCAUUAUGUACUCGCUCCCGAUUGACCCUCGAAGUCUUGCUCUUGUGCAGGAAUAUAGCCGGCAGCAGAAGAUCCCCUUGGUUGCACUUCAUUCUGCUGGCUUCUACUCCUACUUCCGAAUAAUCCUACCUGGUAGUUUUCCCAUUGUUGAUACACACCCGGAUUCGACAGCUACAACCGAUCUCAGGCUUCUCAACCCAUGGCCUGAGCUAUCAGACUUUGCUGCAAAGCUUACGGACAACAUUGAAAACCUCAGUGCUCUUGAGCACGGACACAUCCCAUAUGUUGUAUUGCUUCUGUACUAUCUAAAGAGGUGGAAAGAGUCCCAUGGGAAUUAUCCAACCACAUACCAGGAUAAGAAGGCAUUUAGAGAGUUUGUUUCUGCUGGGGCCCGGACCGACAACCCCGAAGGUGGCGAAGAGAACUUCGAUGAGGCUGUUGCUGCGGUAUUGAAGACAGUAACUGUACCCAGCAUACCAUCUUCCGUGAAGGCCGUAUUUGACCACAAACCUGACGAUGCAGAAUCAAGUUCCAGCUUCUGGAUUAUAGCGGAUGCUGUUAAACGCUUCUACGAAAAACAUAAUGAACUUCCUUUACCUGGUUCGGUCCCGGACAUGAAGGCCCAAUCAAGUGUCUAUGUGCAACUUCAGAAUAUUUAUAAGGCAAAAGCCCGCCAAGACGUUGCAGAAGUCCUUGAGACCGUCCGAUCCCAUCCUCAUGGCAAUGAGAUAGACAUAGGAGAAGUGGAGACGUUCUGUAAAAAUGCUGCUUUUAUCAAGCUCAUUCAUGGUGCAGAUGCAUCUCCAGUCAGCAUACAAACAAUUGCAGAAAAUGAGUUCCAGAGCGAUGAGAAUGCCCCCUUAACUAUGAUGCCUUUGUCACUCCUCCCAAUAUAUCUGGCCUUGAACGCGACCUCUCACGUGCCUUCCGCCAGUGCGUCCGAUAUUCUUGCCAUAAUCAGCAAGGACAUCCCUGAUGCCGCAUCAAACCCACGCAUCGUCAAAGUUGCUGAAGAAGUAGCGCGUGCAAAUGGCGGAGAACUGCAUAAUAUCUCGGCACUCACCGGCGGCAUGGCUUCUCAAGAAGUGAUCAAGAUUAUUACCAAGCAAUAUAUCCCGAUCGACAACACUUGCAUCUUCGAUGGCAUCACUAGCCGGACACAGGUUCUUCGAAUAUGAUGUCAAUAUUACGAGAAUGACAAUUAAAGGGUACGGAUCAUAGGAUGAUAAAAUGUUCUGCAUUGGCGGCGUUGGGCUGGAUUUUCAUAGCAUGAUCGAUUGCCUCUGCUUUGCAACUUAUGGCGCAGACCCUCUAUACGAAACUUAGAAGACAAGACUCAUCCUGGUUGUCUGGGCAAGUAGAUCUUGUUCCCAUCCCACUAAGACAAUAUAAUAUGAGAACAACCAGCAGACACACCAGUCCUAUCUAUUUGCGUACUCUUUACUUGCAGACAACAAAGUACCUUUCGCGAGUAGAUGAAGUAUUGAGAAGGGUAUCCCUCCUUUUCACAACAGAAAUCACAUGAAUAUACAUACCACCUCAC